CAACCAUUUCUAUUGAACAUUAUUCUUCCUGUGUCAUCUCUAGUUGAAAAUUCUCCCAUAAACCCCUCCGCCCUCACCACCGUCACGGCCACCGUCAAAAAGACCUAAAUCGUCAAUUUCAUAACCUAAAAUGAAUCUGCCAGUAACAACACCUAAACCGAACACCAUAAACGUAAAUCCAACACUGAUUACAACCACCACCCCAACCACCACCACCGGCGCAACAUGCGGAAACUGCAACACGAAAGAAACGUUUCUCCUCCACCACGUAAGAGUCCGCGGCGUCCACCGACGUCUCUGCACCUCCUGCGUUCUCCGAGCUCACCCGUCCUCCUUCUGCCCUAAUUGCUUCACCUUCUACGACAUAAAUCCGCCGCCGCCUGCCAAACGCAUCGCCUGCUCUAACUGCACCUCCUUCACUCACUCACACUGUGCCGCCAUGCCGCCGCCGUCGCACUCUCCGUUCCUCUGUCCGCCGUGCGUGGAUCCUAAUUUCAAUUUCUUCAGUUUUAGCAAUAGCGACAAAAAAGCAAUCGAUAAGAAAAUGGCGACGGUUCUAUUAUGCGCGGCGAAGAUUGCGUCGAAUUCGAUGGCGAAGGCGGUGAAUGUAGCGAGACUGGAGGCGGAGCGGAGAGUCAAAGAAGCGGCGGUUUGUAAGAAGAGAGCUAGAGAGGCUCUUGAACAUGUUAUGUUAAUUGCUAAACGGAAAGAAGCUGACGGCGUUUCUGGCUCCGGCAAUCAUGUAUUAGGUAAACGGGAUAGAGACGGCGUUGACGGCGUCGUUGUUGCUCCGGCUACUAAUGGAAAUCUUGAUCUUAAAAAAGAAUCUUGAAAUGAAAAUUCACCCAAUUUCUUCAACUAUUUAAUUUAUAACUGAAUUUCUUGUUUUGUGAUUUUAAUUUUUUGGUCAUUUUCAGCGAUAAGGAUCAAAUUGUAAACAAUUUCAUGUAUUUCAAAUGAAUUUUGUUAGUAAAGUUUAGUUGAGUUGUUAAA